CCCGAAACGUAGACGGAGAGGCAGCCAAGAAGCUCAAAGCUGCUGGAGCCGAGGUCGUCUCUGCAGAUUUAGAGGAUACCGAGUCGCUUAAGAAGGCUUUCAAGGGCGCGUACGGCGUGUUUGGUGUUACUGGUGAGGGGACACGAUAUUCGUCAUCGAUCGACCGAUCGACCGAUAUCCUCACUGACCGAUCAAUCACAAUCACAUAUUAGAUUGUGAGCGAAUGUAGCACGAGCGGUACGGAAUGUUUUUACUGAUGGUCGAUGAUUAUCAAGUUUGGACUCUGUAUCUUGGUAAUAUCGUUGAUGCUGCUGAAGCAGAGGGAAUCAAGCAUCUUGUCUGGAGCACGCUGGACGAUACCGAUAAAGACAAUCUACACGUAUAUCAUUUCGUGAGCAAGGCCGCUGGUACGGGAGUCAUCUAUCUUCUUCACAUGAACACCGUCCGACGUGACUCGUAGUGGACAAAUACAUCGUGG